AUGCCGGCGGUGGCCGCGGCAGCUACGGGCGCGGCGGUGGCCGCAGUGGUGGUGGCGGCUACGAGGGCGGUGGUGUCGGCGGUGGCGGCGGUGGCGGCACCGGACUACGUCAUGACUGAGGAUGUGCUGAUGCGCUGGGUGCAUGCAGGCGGUGACGAUGCGUUCGGCGGCGUUCCUGCGCGUGCACCGGCCGCGCCGGCCAAUGCCGGGGGCAGUUGGGCCGGCACACCCGGCAAGGCAGCGGCAGGCCCCUCCUGGGAUUGA